UCCUGCCUCUCCUUCUGCUCAGGUAGUGUAAACAAAUCACAUUGCAUCAUGGCAGCAGACUCUAUGGAAAUUGAUGAUGCUUUGUAUAGUCGCCAGAGGUAUGUUCUUGGAGACACGGCAAUGCAGAAGAUGGCUCAGUCCCACGUAUUCCUGAGUGGUAUAGGUGGUCUUGGUGUGGAGAUUGCCAAAAAUAUAAUUCUGGCUGGGGUAAAGGCUCUUACAGUUCAUGACACCAAGCAGUGCACGAAAUGGGAUUUGGGAAUCAACUUCUUCAUCCAUGAAGAUGAUAUUACCGGUCAAAGGAACAGGGCUGAGGCCACACUUCAUCGUAUUGCAGAACUCAAUCCAUAUGUCCAUGUAGCAGCAUCAACUGUGCCACUAGAUGAAACCACAGAUCUGUCUUUUCUAAAGCAGUACCAGUGUGUCAUACUGACUGAAGUAAGUCUGUUGCUGCAGAAGAAGAUUAAUGACUUCUGUCAUGCUCAGCAGCCACCUAUUAAGUUCAUCAGCGCAGAUGUAUACGGAAUAUGUUCACGUUUGUUUUGUGACUUCGGUGAUGAAUUUGAAGUGCUGGAUACAACGGGAGAGGAGCCAAAGGAGAUCUUCAUUUCAAAUAUAACACAAUCAAAUCCUGGUAUUGUCACUUGCCUUGAAAAUCAUCCACACAGGCUUGAAACAGGACAGUUCUUAACCUUUCGGGAAGUUAAUGGAAUGUCAUGCUUAAAUGGAUCCACACACCAAAUAACAGUGGUGUCACCUUAUUCCUUCAGCAUUGGCGAUACGUCAGAUAUGGAGCCUUACUUACAUGGAGGCAUAGCUGUCCAAGUGAAGACGCCCAAGAUGUUUUACUUCGAACGGUUGGAGAAGCAGAUAACAAAUCCAUUAUGCCUUGUUGCGGAUUUUAGCAAGCCUGAGGCACCUUUGCAGAUCCAUGUUGCCAUGCUUGCCUUGAACCACUUCCAGGAGAGCUUUGGUCGCAGACCAAACAUUGGAUGCCUUCAAGAUGCUGAGGAAAUGCUGAAAAUAGCCGUGUCUAUAAGUGAAACACUGGAAACCAAACCUCAGGUGAAUGGAGAUGUAGUGAAAUGGCUGUCUAGGACUGCUCAGGGAUUUCUAGCUCCUCUGGCUGCAGCAGUGGGUGGUGUUGCUAGCCAGGAAGUCUUGAAAGCAGUAACAGGAAAAUUUUCUCCAUUGCAGCAGUGGCUAUAUAUAGAUAUGUUAGACAUUGUAACACCUCUAGAAAAGAUGGGCUCUGAAGAAUUUCUCCCACGGGGAGAUAGGUAUGAUGCCUUGAGGGCUUGCAUUGGAGACUCGUUGUGCCAGAAGCUGCAUGAUUUGAAUGUUUUCUUGGUUGGCUGUGGAGCGAUAGGCUGUGAAAUGCUAAAAAACUUUGCACUUCUUGGUGUUGGUACUGGGCAAGACAAAGGAUUGGUUACAAUUACAGAUCCAGACUUGAUAGAGAAAUCCAACCUGAACAGGCAGUUUCUUUUUCGACCUCAUCACAUACAGAAACCUAAAAGCUAUACUGCAGCAGAAGCAACUCUGAACAUCAAUCCUUACUUAAAGAUUGACUCAUAUAUUAAUAAAGUUUGUCCAGCCACUGAGAACACUUACAGCGAUGAAUUCUAUACCAAGCAAGAUGUGAUUGUGACCGCUUUGGACAAUGUUGAGGCAAGGAGAUACAUUGAUAGUCGUUGUGUAGCAAACCUGCGUCCUCUUAUAGACUCUGGAACUAUGGGAACCAAAGGACACACGGAAGUUAUUGUGCCCCAUCUGACAGAGUCCUAUAAUAGUCACCGGGAUCCACCAGAAGAAGAAAUACCUUUUUGCACCUUGAAGUCUUUCCCAGCUGCCAUUGAGCAUACGAUACAGUGGGCAAGAGAUAAGUUUGAAAGUUCAUUUUCUCACAAGCCUUCGUUGUUUAACAAAUUCUGGCAAACCUAUCCAUCCGCAGAAGAAGUUUUACAGAGAAUAAAAUCAGGGGAGAGCUUAGAAGGCUGUUUUCAUGUUAUUAAAACACUCAGUAGAAGGCCCCGAAGUUGGACUCAAUGUGUGGAACUAGCAAGAGUAAAAUUUGACAAGUAUUUUAGCCAUAAGGCUCUUCAGCUCCUUCAUUCAUUUCCCCUUGAUACACGAUUAAAAGAUGGAAGUUUGUUUUGGCAAUCACCAAAGAGGCCACCUUUCCCAGUGAAGUUUGAAUUUAAUGAUCCUUUGCACUAUGGUUUCAUUGUGAGCGCAGCAAAACUCUUUGCAACAGUGUACUGUGUUCCUUUCACAGAAAAGGAUUUAUCAGAGGAAACUAUUUUGAAGAUUAUUUCAGCUGUGAAGGUACCAGAGUUCAGACCUUCAAACAAAGUUGUACAGACUGAUGAAACUGCAAGAAAACCGGAUCAUAUUCCAGUCAGCAGCGAGGAUGAAAGAAAUGCUAUUUUCCAGCUGGAGAAGUCUAUACUAUCCAAUGAAGCUCUGGAAAGUGACUUGCAAAUGAAGCCCAUCUCCUUUGAAAAAGAUGAUGAUAGUAAUGGGCAUAUAGAUUUCAUAACAGCAGCAUCAAACUUGCGAGCCAAGAUGUACAACAUCGAACCAGCAGAUCGGUUCAAAACAAAGCGCAUUGCUGGGAAGAUUAUUCCUGCAAUUGCAACAGCUACUGCUGCAGUGUCAGGGCUGGUUGCACUGGAACUCAUCAAAGUUGUGGGUGGCUACCCAGCUGAUGCAUACAAGAACUGUUUUCUGAACCUAGCCAUUCCCAUAAUGGUGUUUACAGAAACUGCUGAAGUAAGAAGAACGGAAAUCAGAAAUGGGAUAUCAUUUACGAUCUGGGACAGGUGGACAAUUUAUGGGAAAGAGGAUUUUACUCUGUUGGAUUUCAUAAAUGCUGUCAGAGAGAAAUAUGGAAUUGAACCAACUAUGGUUGUACAGGGAGUCAAAAUGCUGUAUGUUCCUGUGAUGCCAGGUCAUAUGAAAAGAUUAAAGCUGACGAUGCAAAAGCUUGUGAAACCAUCAGCUGAUAAAAAGUAUGUGGAUUUGACAGUAUCGUUUGCUCCAGAGACUGAUGGAGAGGAAGACUUGCCAGGGCCGCCAGUGAGAUACUACUUUGUUCAGGAAGACAAUUGAUGGUAGAGACACAAAAGUCACUCCCAGACCAUUUGUUCUGAAAGGAGUGUGCUAAUUUUCAGCUAUUAAAGAUGGUACUAUAUAUUUCUUUUUGGUGAAGCCUUAAUUAAAACAAAUGGUGAAAAUCAGUGGCUUUGCACUGAAGACAAACUGGAUUUAUGUUUCAUCUGCUCCCGUUUUCUUCAAACCUGUUCGCUCAAAGGAGGAUUGGUCACUCCAUGAGAUGGAAUGUCCGGUACAGUCCUUACCUUAAAGACAGGAUUUGUAUUAAUUUGUGGGGAGCUGAAGAAAGCAAGAAGAAUGGUGAACCUAACAGAUGGUCCCCGUGUGCAAAUUACGCACUGCUUAGAGAAGAGUGCAAAAAGUGGGGAAACUGCCAUUUUAUGAUACUCCUGGUGUUCUAAGAACAUUGCAAAUCCAUUUCAUAUGUUACUUAAUUCUUGAACAAGAAUUUCCUUCUUGCCAUCUACCCAUG